GGUGACUCGCCCAGACAACACAUUCUUACAAUGCAACUCAAACAAGUCACAAGGCCACCAGCUGUAUAAAGUUGACUUAAAGGACAGCUCCUAGAACGGCAAUACGUCAGACGACGAGGGAAUGGCAUCAUAGAGCAAGAAAUGCGGGGAAAUGCCUGUCAGACCAAAACAUCCGCACAUCCUGGUGCUUCUGGAGCCUUAUUGCUUGGCCAUCCCGCACUCACAAUCCUCCCUCUUGAUCAUCACGUCCUGAGUGAUCUCAACCCCAGGGUCAGCUCCAGUACAUUCAUCUAUCGGCUCUACGUUAUUGCUGUCGCGAGGAAGCACCGCCGUCCGCGUCUCGCUGAUGCAUGAAUCAACUCCGCUUGGGCCGGUGCCUCGGCACGGUCUCGUCGUCGUCCUUCAGGCGAAGUCAUAACGAGAGCCUGAUUCACAGCCUUGGUCAUCGGAAAGACAUCACUUUCGUGUGGGUGACGACAGAGCCAGGAUCUCAGCAGGAUGAUGCCGGCCCAGGAAGCGGAGGAGGAUUACCUCCCUAUAUUGCCCACCAAGCCGGCGUAAAUUGCCUUGCCAUCGACGAGAAUGAAGGCCGCUAUCUCCUUUCAGGAGGGGCGGAUUCUUCCAUCCGGCUGUGGGAUCUCGAGGAGCACGAAUCGUCAUCAUCGGCGUUCGUCUCAGGGACUGCAAUAACGAAAUACACCCCUCAGGCAACACUGUCCAAAAGCACCCCCGACUCCCAUACUCACGCUCUCACCUCAAUCUCAAUCUACCCAUUCGACCCUUCCCCGUCCACCCUUCUCACAACGUCCUAUGACAAAACGCUCAAAAUCACGUCGAUAACCCCGUCCGCUCUUACGCCCGUCCACACCUUCUCCCUUGACUUUCUCCCCUACACGCACUGCCUCUCGCGGCUUCCGGAUUCCUCGCCCUUGAUCGCCGUCGGCACAGCCCACCCAGCCAUCCGCCUUCUCGACCUCCGCUCAGGUCUCUCCACGCACUCUCUCGCCGGGCCCAACGGCGCCGUCUACAGCCUAUCUUGGUCCCCCAAGCAGUCGCACAUCCUCGCCUCCGGCUCCGCCGACGGGCGCGUGCUCUUCUACGACAUCCGCCGGGCGAACGCCGCCUUUGCUUCCUUGGACCUCGACGACGCGGUCGGCGUGAUCGGCGUAUCUGCCACCACCGGGGCAGGAGCUCGUCGCGAGUUGUUAGACUUCAACGCCCUCGCGCAUAAUGGUCCCGUGACUAGCGUGCAAUGGUCGCCGAUGGGCGACAAGAUCAUCACCACGGGCCACGACCAACGCAUUCGCGUCUGGGACGCCGCUUCGGGCCGCAACGACCUGGUGCAUUACGGCCCGCGGAUCAGGAACGAGAGGCAAGGCGAACUGAGACCUUUGAUCUCUCCACGGGGAUAUCACGGCGUGGGGAAGGAGAUGCUAUGGUGGCCGAACGACGACGGCAGGGGCAUGGUGUUCCAGCACCACCUGAGAGAGGGCAAUUUGGUCAGGAUUCUCAAGACGGAAGGGAUCAGGGUGUCCGACGCGCAGCGCGCCAGCGCGAAGAGGGGCAGCAGAAAAGGCGGCCCGGGUGGUACGGCUGGGGGCGGCAGCGGAAGCAACGUCGCGAGACUGACUAGUGGAGGACGAAUCAACGCGAUGGUCUGGCGGGUUAACGCUCCCGUGGGGGAGGGAGUGGAGAUGUACACGGCCCAUGGGGACGGGAGGAUCUGCUCAUGGAUGCCUCCUCAGACAGACGAGGACGAGGCUGAAGGAGAACAAGGAUCUACCAGGGCUGAGCCGAGCAAUGGCAAGGCUGCUCUGGUCCUGGACGAGGCCGACCAAAGGAAGAAACGCAAGCGAGAUCUCGUGGAGGAUUUGAUAUCAGGCUUGACAAAGAAGCCCAUCACCUUCUCCUAGCUCGGGGAAGGUAAAGUACUAGAGCCCGCGCAAGGGAUGCGCCGGAACCAACAAAGCUCGACCAAAAAAAUCAUAUUCCUGACCCGUGCUUUCUAAGUGUACAGCUGAUUUCUCUGGGGUUGGCUGACUGCGGCAGUCUGGUUUCCGCCGGCCAGGUUGGAAAAGAGCAAUACAACAUCCUUGAACACCUAUGUACCAUAUAUUUCGCCUACGUUCCCAAUGUCAUGAUAUCGUUAUACUGUAC